CUGCACAUUUACGUACAGCCAACGGGCCAAUGACAUUGCAGGCACAGGGUUUUCCUGGCACUAUAUGAAUCAGCUCUUUCAGUGGAACAGAUGCAAGAGACACACGGUUUGCACGUGUCUAAAGUUUAUUCAAGCAGCCAAAACUGCAGAAGAAGAACAUGACUGAUGUAGACAAUGCCAAAUUGGACAGCAGGAGAAGCAGCAAGUAUACCAAUCUAGCUAUGAAGGGGAGCAAACGUUUUAAGGACAAAAUAGCACUGAAGAACAAUUUGGCAAAAGAGACUCUUUCUGAAUUCUUCGCCACAUGUUUGUUGAUAACACUUGGCUGUGGGUGCAUUGCAUCAUCUGUUCUUGGUCAUGGAGCAACAGGUGGAUUUUUGACCAACAAUCUUGGCUUUGCAAUGGCAGUAACUAUGGCUAUCUAUGUAUCCGGAGGUGUUUCUGGUGGUCAUAUAAAUCCAGCAGUAUCAUUCGCCAUGUGUCUAACAGGAAGAUUACAUUGGGCAAAAUUUCCAUUCUAUGUGAGUGCACAGUUCCUGGGUGCAAUAACAGGAUCUGCAGUAGUUUUUGGCGUUUAUCAUGAUGCACUGAAAGCAUAUACAGGUGGAGUACUCACAGUUAAUGGACCAAAUGCUACAGCACACAUUUUUGCUACCUAUCCAUCGCCAUAUCUUUCAACUAUGAAUGGACUGGCAGAUCAAGUGAUAUCUACAGCAAUUUUGCUCAUUGUGGUCUUUGCUAUAUUUGACAAUAAAAAUAUUGGUACCCCAAAGGGAUUGGAACCAGUUGCUGUGGGGCUCCUCAUUCUUCUAUUGGGAUUUUCCUUGAGCCUGAACUCUGGAUGUGCAAUGAACCCAGCUAGAGAUUUAGGUCCAAGGAUCUUCACUGCUCUGGCUGGAUGGGGUGUCGAUGUGUUCACUGCUGGGAAUAACUGGUGGUGGGUUCCUGUAAUUGGACCGAUGAUUGGAGGUCCCCUUGGGGCUUUUAUAUACAUCCUAUGUAUUGAGGCUCAUCAUAAAACAGAUGAGGACAAAUUACAACUUCACCUGGAACCAGAUAAUUGUGAGAAACAUGAACUUACUAACAUGGCCUAAGGACUCUGAAAUUUCCUUCAAGGACUAAGCAGCCUUCUGACAUCAAAUGGGCAUCACGGAGACUGUGUUUACAACUAUUUACUAUUCACAACCCAGCUUAUCAUGUAUCUAUUUGAAUGCUGCAGUCACCCUCGAAGGGUUAUACCGCUGCACACUGUAAUUACUUUCAAGCGAAAAAUGCUACCACUCAUUUUCUGCAAUAUUAAGUGUUUGAAAAUCUUAAUAUAUGAGCCUUUAUGUUAAAGGCUUACUUACAGAUCUUUGUUCUCAGCUGUCACUCUCGAACAUAAAAGUAACGGGAAAUUAUCAUCUGACCCCUUAAUUGCUAUCACAUAAAUCAGCUUUCUUAAUGAAGCACUAAUGGACAAUAUACUGGGUCACCAAGGUAUAUGCAGGUAAUUGGUCAUGUCAUGAAUUAAUGUGCAAUAAAUGUGAUCAAUCAUCAA